AUGCAUCUACGCGCGUCAUCGUCUCGCGGCGGUGAUGCAGAGUUAGGCGUCGUAACUCCGGGCACGGGUUUAGAACCCGCAACUCCCAGUGCUCACCAAGCGUCAGCGAGCCCCGACGCCUCUGGCGUGCUCAAGGCCCCCCGGUCUCCGGUCCCGGUUUUGGGUAUCGUCUGUGACCCGAAGGAGGCCUGGCGACCCACCCUUGGUACCAGCGAAGGGGCUUCGAGACCAUUACCCGGCCCCUACGCGCACUGUUUGUCUUCAAAAGUGUCUUUGACUGCCUGCUCGCCCGUCGCCGUUCCACAGGACUCCCGUGCGUAUGUUUUUUCACCCGGCAGGGCGGGCGGCGCGCUGCCCCAUGGGGUAGCGGACCAGGUUGUGCAGGGACAAGAGAGCAACGGCCCCCCGGGCUUGCAGGCUUCAGCCCGGGUUCAAGACCGUGUGCAAGGGCCCUAA